UGACUUCAUGAAGGUCAGAGUGGUACAUUUAGAGAAGAACAGAAAUGCACAUACCGAGCCCUGAUACAAGGCUACAUUUGCAAACAGACUGACCAAGUGAUCUUAAUUCUUGACAAUGCUGAUGCCACCUGGGCCAUGAGGAAGUUAUAUCCAGUUGUAUCCAUUACUCGUGAUUUUGUUGACACAUUUAGUGGUGUAAAUUUCAAUACUCCAUGUUCUGCUUCAGGACCUGUAUCUACUUUCUAUUCCAUUUUACCCACCAGAGAAAUCACCAAGGUUUGCUUUGUGGAACAGCCUCCCCAAGUGUUGCGUUUUUUUCUAUUGGGGAACAAAAGUGCCUCUAAGCUUCUCUUGGCUAUAUUCUACCAUGAAUUCCAGAGCCCCCGUGUUUUCAUAGGGGAAAGUUUCAUUCCACCCAUUCUGGUUCAAUCGACUUCCUCAUUGCUGGAUGAGUCUGUUGGUUCUAAUUACUUUAGCAUCUUGGAUAACCUCUUAUAUGUUGUCCUACAAGGACCAGAGCCCAUUGAAAUACGCUCAGGGGUCUCCAUUCAUUUGGCCCUCACUGUGACAUUUUCAGUACUAGAAAAGGGCUGGGAUAUCAUUAUCCUUGAAAGACUAAUGGACUUCUUGCAAGUUCGCCAAGACCAAAUCAGAUUUAUUUAUGAGAUGUCUGGCAAUGAAGCAACCUUAAAGGCCAUUGCUGACAAUAAAGCAAAGAGAAAGCGCAAUUGCCCAAUUGUGAGUUGUGCCAGUCAUUACAGAGUUGGUCAACGUAAACCUCUCAUGAUGGAAAUGAGCUCAUACAGUGUCCCACCAACCACUGUGGAGACUGUCUCAAAAGUGAUAGUCAUUGAAAUUGGUGAUCUGCCAACCAUAAGGAGCACUGGACUGAUUUCAUAUUUAUCAAGUAACAAAUUACAGAAUUUGGCUCACCAGAUUAUCACUGCUCAGCAGACUGGAGUACUAGAGAAUGUUCUGAAUAUGACUGUUGCAGCCUUACUGGUAACUCAGUCAAAGGGAGUCACUGGCUAUGGAAAUACAAGCAGUUUUAAAACUGAGAACUUGAUAUAUAUUCGGCCGUAUGCUCUCUCGGUCCUGGUCCAGCCUUCAGAUGGAGAAGUGGGAAAAGAGCUUACAGUACAACCACGGCUCAUUUUUCUGGAUAAGCAGAAUCGGAGAAUAAAGUCCUUGGGCCCCCCCUCAGAGCCUUGGGUCAUUUCUGUUUCCCUGGAAGGGACAUCAGAUUCAGUGUUGAAAGGGUGUACUCAGGCAGAAAGUCAAGAUGGUUAUGUGAGCUUCUCCAACUUGGCAGUUUUGAUCUCUGGGUCAAAUUGGCACUUUCUUUUUACUGUCACUUCCCCUCCAGGAGCCAAUUUUACAGCUCGAUCAAGGUCAUUCACUGUCUUACCUGUGCGUAGGUCAGAGAAGUCAACCAUCAUCUUGGCUGCUUCCCUAUGCUCAGUGGCCUCAUGGCUGGCUCUAUGCUGUCUGGUGUGCUGUUGGUUAAAGAAAAGCAAAAGCAGAAAAAUAAAAAGUGAAGAUAUUUCUGAAUUCCAGAAUAACGGCCAGAAGAAUCAUAUCCACAUCUCAUCCAAACACCCAAGAUCACAAGAGACUAAAAAGGAAGACACCAUGAUGGGAGAAGAUAUGAAGAUGAAGGUCAUUGUGGACAGGCUGAACCAGCUCCCUGACCAGUCCCUGAAUGGAGUGUCCCGAAGGAAGGUGGGCCGUCGCACUGCCCAAGAAGAGGGUGGCCGCCGAGAAGAGGUGGUUGCACCUGCUCCCAGUAUUACUAGUGUCACAUCCCAGGGUCACACCUGUGCUCCGGGCUCUCCUGCUCAGCAGGUGUACCUUCAAGAGACUGGGACCUGGAAGGAGGCCCAAGAGCAGUUGGUCAGAUACCAAAUGGCAGGUCAAGAUCAGAGAUUGCUGCUCUGCCCAGACCUCAGACAAGAAAGGGAGCAGAUGUAGGGGCAGACCCCGUUGAGCCAGGAAAGAGGCCACUUGGGGCUUUCUCAAGAGAAGAAAGCCUCUUGCGGUGCUACCCAGGCAUUCUGUCCUCAUUCCGUACACCUGGAAACUAUUCAAAAACAGCUAUGAUGGACACAUGAAAAUUGAUGUGCUCAUGGGCUUUGCUGAGACUUGCAUUAAGGACAAAGAUAUAAAAACAGUUAAGUUUGGAGAAAGCAAUUGUCCAUGGACCAAAGUUACAUAUUUUUUUUUAAACAGUUCUUCCUGUUAGUAGCUGGGUUGAAUUUAAGAAAACUAUUUGGGGAAACUAGAGAUAACCAAGGGCCGAAGCAGAUUAUUAGUGAACUCAUUUUUCAGAGCACUGAUUUUUGGAGAAGAUAAUGUGUACACCUGCCUAGUGAAGGAGGGAAGAGAUUAUAUUGAAUGUAGCCUCUCCAGUCUAUGUGUGAGGGGUUCUAAUGAAGACCAGAGUAAAGGGUCAACUGGUGUCGAGUUGGGUAAGGAUGCUAAAGGCAGUUUCACCUAAUUCAAACAUCUGAAGAGUGCUCAUCAGUUUCAAACUGGACACUUUAAGCAGCCUGAUUGUGUCCUGGGCUCUGAAUCCAAAAAGACUUACACUCCAAGGGAGUAAAACAAAGAUGGCAGAGGCGAGGAGAAUCUCCAGAAACAAGUUGUUCUCAGUUUUCCCUAAAUAUAAAUCAGGACUUUCCAAUCUCUGAGAGAUUCAGAGGCUGCCCUAUUUUGAAUUAGAACAGAGAAAGGAAACAAAUGCUUCCUUUGCAGAAUUUUAAAUAAUGAUGCUCUGGAACUAGUCCCAUAGUAGGUACAGGCAGGAAGUCAUCAUGGCUCAAGGCAUCAAUGGGAAAGUAUGCCUUGCUCUACCAAGAGUUUUUGGGAACAUUCUCAGCCUUUUAUCCACUCUUUAGAUGUAUUAUGGACAUCUCAAACCUUAAAGCCGCCUUGAAAGGAGGGAGGCAGCUUUCUCUGUGACACAGUAUUGGAUUCUGAGGGAGAUAAUGAUUAAGUAUCAAGAGUAAUGUUCUCCAAGAAAUUUCAGUCCAGGCUAUCUGUGUUUAAGAAGGGCACUGACGGGCAAUCUGGCCUAUAGAAAUUUACUCUGGAGGUACAAACUGGCUCCCUGAAUCCUUUUGUGUGUGCGUGUGUGUGUGUGUUCUAUUUGGGCACUAACAAUAUUUAAAAAUAUAACAAAGAAAAAAAUAACUUGGUUUGGGCAAAUUAUGCCUUUUCUAGUUUAAUUAGUCCCCACUAUAACCUGUCCUUUAUCUCUUUUUUUGUAGUUUCCUGGUUUAUGAAAUUAUUUUAUUUACAAUCUUUAGUAUAUACAUUGAGUCAUCAGAGAUCUGUAAUGUUUUUGUACAACAGCAUUUCAGAAGUUAAGGCUUUCAAGAAUUAUGAAGUGAUGGCAGUCUUAGCACUACUGCUGUGGAUUUGUCUACACAUUCUCCCUCUCACUCUGGUGACUUCUUUUACCACCACAAAUUCCAGCCCAGAUUUCUUUCCUGAGCUCUACAUCAUAGAAUUAGCUGCCUACUGAGGUUAUCACACUAGGUUAUCCCAGUGGGUUAUGCCACUAGAUUAUCCUAUGGCCACUGAGAAGCUAACAUAGCCUUAAAACCGACUUCUACUCGUGCUUGCCCUAACAUAACACAUGACAUCACUGCACUCUGAUUGGACAUCUAGAGGUCAACCCAGACUUCAUGUUCCAUCUUACUCUACCCAGCCAUUUAUCAGCCGUUAUUUCUACUCCUUUAACCUUUACUAGCUCUUACAAAUCUUCCAUGCACCACAAGACAGAUCUUUCUGGAAGGCAAGUUUGAUCCAUAAUUAAUCAACUAAUGCUCCCUUCACAAUGCUUGGGAUCCUGGAGGCCAAAAUGGACUCUUUGGACCUUAAGAGCAGCCAGAGAUAGCCAGAAUAACUUGCAGGGCUCUAAUAUGUGGUAUAGAAUUUCAGAGUCUAGUCAGAAUCUUCUAACCCAUAAUUAAGACAGUCCUCUUUUUCUCCUCAAAAAUGGGAGAACUGGGUAAAUACUAGAAGCCAAGACAGUAGCUCUUAGUUCAUUUAUGUCUGGAGAUGAGCCGGUAGAUAAAGCACCACUAUCAGCCACCCUUAAACUUAUUCAGACCAUUAACGCAGAUGGCCCAGAAGAUAUUUCCCAGCAGUGACAGAGCUUACUCUUUAUUGGAUAAAUAAUUAAAAAGUGUCAUGCUCUUCUGUUAUUUCAAAGAAACUCUUCUUGCUUCUCAUUUCUGAUCUUCUAUACAUGGUAGAUUCGUUUCCCUCAAGAUACUA